GCCCCGAUGAAUCCAAUGAACCCAAAACCCCUAAAGAACCUGAAGAAUCCGAAGAAUCUGAAGUGCUCGAAGAAUCCGAAGAACAAUUUCAGGAAAGACUUCAGGAAAGAUCACAAAUAAAGUCUCGAAGAAGGCCCAGAGGAAGAUCGCAAGGAAGGUCCCGAGGAAGAUUGCAAGGAAGGUCCCGAGGAAGAUCGCAAGGAAGGUCUCGAGGAAGGUCACAUGGAAGGUCCUGA